AUGGAAGUUGCACCGGCAUUGUCGACUACUCAGUCGGAUAUUACAUUUCAGAAGGUAGACGGGCGCGAAAUUGAUAGGUCUUCGUAUUUGGGCCCCGAUUACAAUAGCGAUGAGCUCAUGCAACUUGUCUCAACUUAUUAUAAUGUCGAGGCUCUUGUGGAAUACUUGAAACAACACCAGGGGUACCAAAGUGUAACUCUGCAAUUUCCUGAUGAUCUGAUCAAAGACUCUUCGAUGAUCAUAAGGUCGCUGCAAUCGAGAUUUGACAACGAGACAACUAAGUUUUGGGUUUUAGCGGACACAGCGUACAGUGCAUGCUGUGUAGACGAGGUUGCUGCUGAACACGUUCACGCAAACGUGGUUGUCCAUUUUGGUGAUGCGUGUUUGAACGCUAUCCAAAACUUGCCCGUGGUUUACUCGUUCGGAACUCCAUUUUUGGAUUUACCAUUAGUGGUGGAGAACUUCCAGAGGGCAUUUCCGGAUCUUUCCUCAAAAAUAUGUUUGAUGGCAAACGCUCCAUUUUCUAAGCAUCUAGCAAAGCUGUACAGUAUUUUAAAGUGCGAUCUACACUACAAAAAUAUCAUAUAUUCUCAAAUAAACACUCGUAUGGCAGAGGAUGAGUGCGUAACUAUACUUGAUACCUUCCAUGUUCCUGAAGAUGUAGUUCAAGUAGGUACAUUUGGAAGCAAUAGCGUCCUAUUUGGACAAUAUGGAAAAACCGAAAGCAUCGUGUCCGAAGAGUACCAUCUUUUCCAUUUGACCACUCCGCAGGAACCCAGAUUACUGUAUCUAUCCACAAUGUUCGAAUCAAUUCAUAUCUUCGAUCCAGCCUUAUCUGGUCUGGUUACAGGACCCUUUCCCUCUCUAAUGAGGCGUUACAAGUACAUGCAUGUAGCAAGGACAGCGGGUUGCAUAGGUAUCCUGGUUAACACACUGUCGCUACGCAACACCAGAGAAACCAUUAAUGAACUGGUUAAACUUAUCAAAGCUCGUGAGAAGAAGCAUUACUUGUUCGUUGUUGGGAAGCCAAACGUGGCCAAACUGGCCAACUUUGAAGACAUUGAUAUUUGGUGCAUCCUCGGUUGUAGUCAAAGUGGUAUUAUCGUUGACCAAUUCAACGAGUUUUACAAGCCUAUCAUUACACCCUACGAACUGAACUUGGCUUUGAGUGAAGAGGUCACUUGGACCGGAAAAUGGGUUGUGGACUUUAAAGACGCCAUUGAUGAAAUUGAGCAGAAUUUGGAUGGAGACGAAGUCGUUUCUGCUAGUGCUGCUGCCGAUGAGCCAGAGUUUGAUGUAGUUACAGGAAGAUAUACUAGCAUGUCAAGACCACUGCGAGCGCUAACGCACGUGGAGUUGGAGACGGCUGACGACAACGAUUCCAAACAACUAACUACAAAACAUACCGCUUCAGGUGCUGUCAUCAAAGGCACUGUCUCUACUUCAGCAUCUGCACUACAAAAUCGUUCGUGGAAGGGUCUGGGAAGUGACUUCGACUCCAUUGAGGUUGAUGAUACUGGCGCCGAUAUAGAAGAAGGUAUUUCUGGAGUUGCACGUGGAUAUGGGUUCGAUCGCGAAGACGCUAUAAACAAGGCGAACAAGUAA